AAGAUAUCGGAGGACUUCAGUCAAAUUUUCUUAUCACAUUGCACCCACUUUAUAAUAUCUAUCAAAUGCCAUGUAUAUAGCUUGUAAGCAUAUUUUUUUGGUCAAACAUAGUGACAUUUAAAAUAAUUCAGAUACUUGGUGAAGCUAGCGCUUGAGGAAGCAAAAUAAAAGUCCCGUAAGAAGACGAAAUAACGGCAAACAUACACGAACGUUAACACGACGACCGUUAGCCGUUAUGGUCAAACUGAGGCUGUAAAAUAGUGACAAACUCGUCAGAGGAAGCGUUCAACAUGACUGGAGGAUAACUGACAACAACAACAACAUACGGCAGGUGCUCUCACUUCCGUCGCGGUCAUUUCACCGGCUGGUCGCUGUUAACGGACCGUAAUCUGGCUAACGGAGCGGUGGUUAACGGUUGAGGCCAUGGUGAGGUCAGCUAGCUGUUGUUGGGCUUUUUAUAGCUAACGGUAGCUGCUGGACCGUUGACGUUCUGUCGGACCACCGAGGAGGACAGCGCGCGACCUUGGGGACGUUGUCAUGGAUCUGACUCGGCUGGCUGUGGAUGCUGGUCAGUUCAUCAACCGGGCUGUUCAGUACACGGAAGAAAGUAUUGGACAGGCGGACAAGACCGAGUUGGAGCCCGGACUGGAGGAGCUGUUGACCCGGGUAGACGCCACCAAGACUUGGACAGACAAGAUAAUCUCCCAGACUGAGGUUUUACUGCAGCCUAAUGCUGGAGCACGGCUAGAGGACCGGCUGUAUGAGCACCUGGAUUGGAGCGCCCCCCCGCGGCCUCGUGCACAUGAGGUACUGGGAGACCAAAUGACUGAGGCUGGGAUGGAGAUGGGGUCCAACACACCUUAUGGAGCUGCACUGCUCAGGUGUGGAGAGGUUCAGAAGCAGUUUGGUGAAGCAGAGAGGAAAUUUGUCCAAAGCGCUAACAUCCACUUUCUCACCCCUCUGAAGAGUUUCACUGAGGGAGAAUACAAAGCCAUGCAGGAUGAGCGCAGGAUGCUGGUGAAUAAGCGUUUGGACUUGGAUAUAGCUAAGAACAGACUGAAGAAAGCCCACGAGGCCGACCGAGAAGGCAGAAACCUAAAUGCAAACCCACUGGAUGAUGACUACCUGUCUCAUGUCUCUUACAUGUUCAGCUUCCUGCGUGUUAAAUGGCUAAAGAUGUGGGCUCAGGAAAUAUCUCAGGCAGAGAUGGAGCUGAGGAUCUGUCAGAGUCUGUUUGAUCGACAAUCAGAUAUUACAAAACGAGCUGUGGAAGGAAUCAGCAACACUCAUAUCAACCACAUGCGGAGCCUGACUGACUUCGUGGAGGCUCAGGCUUGUUACUUCGACCAGUGCAAGCAACAUGCUCAGGAGCUUCAGAGGCAGCUGGCCAGCAUCCCAGCAGUCCUCUGCUCCAAUAACUGGCAGUCCGCAAUUAGUAAUGAAGUCAAUCAACCGUCCACAAGCAACCACGUAGCCAACGAGCCCCUUGGCUUAAAUCAGGUCACUCCAAUCCCCAUAGUCGUCCACCAAAUUCCAGACUUUGACCAGGACUCAUGGACUGCAUAUCCACCGGCCGGGACUGAAAAAACAACAGAAGCCUCUAUAACCACACUGCCAAAUAACAACAAUAACAACAACACCUGCCUUUCUGAUGGCCAAGCAACCAGCCACUGUUCAACAACCAACCAAGCAUCUGAUUAUGUCAGUGCAUCAAAUUUGGACAUUGACCCAACAGAUCAGAUCACAACCGCCAGCGUGCAAACCAACGGAGCAACAACUCUUAUAACCAAUGGUGCGGGUAGUCUGACAACAGCUUCCCAAACUUCCAAACUCAGUGGAACCGAGUCUCAGACAGCAAAUGUAGCAGCCGGUGCGACCAUAACAACAGAUGACAUGGCUGUUGAGACUCUCACAAUCAAUGGUGUGGCUGCUGAGCUCCAAACGACAAAUGAAAGCGCAAGCGAGCUGCCCGCCAUUAAUGGAGAGGAUGCCCAGGAGUCAUCAACAGCCAGUCAGGACAUGGUUCAGUAGCUUAGACUGACUUUGACUGGAGCUUCAGCUAAUUUAGACCAGUUGUAAAUUGGCUUUGUGGAUCCGAGACAGCAUUAUAAAGAAACAAGAUACACAAUCGUUAUAACAUGGUGUAUGUUAAAACUUGAAUUAAUCCCAUAGGGAAAUUAAUGUGAAGUGGUUGUAAAAGUGCGUAUUUUUCUAAACGUGAAAUAGUGCCACAAUAAUUUUAGCCUUUAACCACGACUAUAUAAUAUUCAUGUAUGAAAAUGACAACUGCUGAGUAUCAGUCCACUCUCGUCUACUGACUGUUAGAUUUGCAGUGUGUGACUGUGAAAACUUGUUUUCAGUCUGUGAAACUAAAUCUUUAUUUUUACAUUUAGUUACAUGACAAACGACGCUUUGUGCCAAGUAUAUGUGUUUAUUUGUUGGUAUGAAAACAUCAGUUCGUGUGUGUGUUUAUCUCUGCGUGUCUGUGUCUAUCAGUGACCCAUGUGCACACUGUCACUUGUGUUUACAGCUUCCCCAAACCUGUUACAACUUUAAAGAGAGCUGUGUAUGUAUGUGAUUCCACCACCUUUUGACUCAACUUGCAAGGUGAGGUCAUUUUCCACAUGAAACACGUUACCUACAUGUGUUUGGGAGUCCACGAGGUGCCAAAACACCAAGCUGAACAGGACCUUUAUGCUGUAGCAUGGUAUAAAAUAUGGUUCCUCAUACACACUCUGGGUGUUUCCCCCUACACGCAGUCGAAUCACAUAUUCACUUUUACCCUUUUACCCCAUUAAAGCCCCCACUAGGUGAACUGGGCAGAGGUUUCCGUGUCCAGAUGUUGUUAAUUUUCUUUGUGAGGGCAGCCCUGCUCUACCGUAGUGUGGGUCCACUCUGGGGACCCUGGAUGGAAACACACACAUUAAUGUAGCAGUGACCGUAGUGAUGUAAUCGCCCACAAGCUCUCGGCUGUACGCUUUUAUCCCAAUACGUAAAGAUGUGUAGGUGUAUAAGGAUAGUUUCAGUAUUCACAAUUCUAGUCGCUGCCAGUUGCAAACCACGCGUCCAUGCAGUCAUACUGUUCGUUGAGCUGAUGUCAGUGUGAGGUUUGAUUCAUGUGAAGAUUUGGAAAUAAAUAUGCAAACAGUGAUGUCAUGUUAA